CCGAACUGGGCAUGCGCGGGAGUUGUUUCCCUGAAGAAGAAAAAAAAAAAGGUCACGAACUCUGACCCUCCCACCAAGCCCAACAAAGCGGAUAAUUAUUUUUUUUUUAGGGGAAAUUAACGAUUAUCUGACACUUCUCAAACUCCUGGACAGGUGUGAAUACUUCAUGGGGCAGUGAGGCGAGGCGCGGCCGUUAGUGGAUGUGUGCAGUACCAGGAUGGAUGGGCAGACCCAAAGGAUCCAACUUCUGUCCGCAGCGGACAAAAACAUGUCUGUGGGACACCGAAUCCAGAUUGUGACCGACCCGCAGACGGGCCAGAAAAUCCAAAUUGUAACAGCACUUGAGCCGGCUUCUCCCGCGAAGCAGCAGUUCAUUCUUGCCAGGCAGGAAGGCUCCCCCAACAAGGUCAUCCUCACCACUCAGGACAGCGCCGCGGUCAACCAGCUGUUGUUUGCCAACCCCGAGCUGUCUGGACAGCCCAUUCAGUUUGUAACCGAGGGCUCGGACCAGUCUAUUUCCAAGCCAGUUGUGGAGUACUGCGUUGUCUGCGGUGACAGAGCCUCAGGGCGCCAUUAUGGGGCUGUCAGCUGUGAGGGCUGCAAGGGCUUCUUUAAACGCAGCAUCAGGAAGAACCUGGUGUACACGUGCAGGGGCUCCGGGGAGUGCGCCAUCAACAAGAUUCACCGAAACCGCUGCCAGUACUGUCGGCUGCAGCGCUGCAUUGCGCUGGGCAUGAAACAAGAUUCCGUGCAGUGCGAGAGGAAGCCAGUGGAUGCGCCCAACAGGGAGAGAUCUGUCAACUGCGCAGCCUCCACAGAGAAGAUCUACAUCCGCAAGAACCUGUGCAGCCCUCUGGCGGCCACGCCCACCUUUAUGUCCGAAAAGGAUACAUUCAGGUCUACGAAUUUGCUCGAGUCCAGCAUGUUGCUCAACAUCCAACAAUCUUUUCCUAAGAUGGAAAACACCAUCAUGAUCCCCGCAUCCCCGGACAAGCAUGACGACCAUUCCCAAGGUGACCUCGGCACGCUGGCCAACGUGGUGACGUCGCUCGCCCACCUCAACAAGACGAGAGAAGCCAGCGACGGUGGCAACGACCUCAUCGGCGCCGAGACGCUCAGCAACGGCGACGGCUCCAUGGCGGACAUCCAGGACGACGAGCAGACGGCCAGCGAUAUCACGCGGGCGUUCGACACCCUGGCCAAAGUCCUGCACACCGCAGAUGGCUCCUGUGCGACCAACCUGGAGGCCACCAUGCAGCUGAUGUCAGGAGACCAGUCGGGCCCGGUGUUGGAGCUGGAAGGCUCGUUGCUCUCCGACAACCAUAUUCCCUUCAAACUAAUGAUGCCUGUGCCCGUGCCAGAGUACCUCAACAUCAACUACAUCUGUGAGUCCGCGUCGCGCCUCCUUUUUCUCUCAAUGCACUGGGCACGCUCCAUACCUGCCUUCCAAGCCUUAGGCAAUCAGGACGACAACGACAUCAACUUGAUGAAAGCUUGCUGGAACGAGCUGUUUGCUUUGGGCCUGGCCCAGUGUUCCAAUGUUAUGAACGUCGGCACCAUUUUAAGUGCCAUCAUCAGUCAUCUGCAGACCAGCCUGCAGGAAGACAAGUUAUCCCAAGAGCGGGUGAAGGUAGUAAUGGAGCACAUCUGGAGGUUGCAGGAGUUCUGUAACAGCAUGUCCAAACUGGCUCCAGAUGCUUAUGAAUACGCCUUCCUCAAAGCCAUUGUUCUCUUCAGUCCUGACCAUCCUGGCAUAGACAAUACGCCACAGAUUGAGAGGUUCCAGGAGAAGGCCUACAUGGAGCUGCAGGAUUACGUAACCAGGACAUACCCAGAGGACUCCUAUCGGUUGUCCAAGCUCCUGCUGCGUCUCCCCGCCCUGCGCCUGAUCAGCGCCGCCGUCACGGAGGAGCUCUUCUUCGCCGGCCUCAUCGGCAACGUGCAGAUCGACAGCAUCAUCCCCUACAUCCUCAAGAUGGACUCCACGGACUACAGCAGCCAGUCCGCCUCCGCGGUGUGACGCCCCCCCCCUCUUUUUAGCGCCGGGACUGUGGAAGACAGUCAUGCAAGCAAAGUCUCUGGCCACCGCGUGGCCCCGUCUUUUUAUUUAUGUGGAUCCUCUUCAUCGGGGGGGUCACCGAAGAGCAAACGUGCACACAAUCAGGACUGAAGCAGUGGAAGAGUAGAGUGCAUUUUAGUGUACAUAAAGUAGUAUUUUAUGGCCUUUGCUCUUUCUGCAGAUCACGGUUUGUUUUUUUCCCUUUUACACUUUCCCUAAACCAUCAUGUGAAAUCCCAUUCUAAAAGGUUAUAACCUUUUAUUCUCUAUUUGUUUGCCAAUCCAAAGGAUAGGACCAACAAUGCAUUUCUUUCCACUGUGGAUGCAAAGUCAAGUGUGUACAUAGAAUGUAUGGAGGAGCACUCUGUGAUGAUCACAUCCUGUCUUUUGGACAAAAAAAUAUAUAUCUAUAACGGUCUUGUCGGUGGAAAAUAAACAAAGUACGUGUCGAGAA